AUGAACGACUAACAAAAUACUGAUUCAUAAAUUCAUUAGAAAUUAGAAUUGUUUAUAAGUUGCAGAGGAUUAGCUAAUAUGGAUCUCUUUUCAAAAAGUGAUCCUUUUGUUAUUUUGCAAACUCAACAAAACCACAAUUGGUUUGAUUUUUGCAAAACUGAGAUUGUGUAUGAUAAUUUGAAUCCAAACUUUACGAAAACCUUUAUUAUUGAUUACUUCUUUGAAUGUUAACAGCCUCUAAAAUUUAUAGUUAAUGACGAUGAUGGAGAUGGAAAAUUUGAUGUACAGUCAUAUUACAAUUCAAGUUUAUUGGUAGCGCAGAGACUACGUUAGGUUGUAUUGCAGGUUCUCGGGAUCAAGUGUUAAUUGUUGAUUUAAAAAGAGGUUCUAAAAAGACAGGGAGCCUAAUCAUUAAGGCAGAAUAAGUGAGAUCAUUGAAUAAGAAAUUAAGAAUGCAAAUAAGUAAUUGUCUUCAUUAACUUCUAGAUGGAGAUCAAUUUCCAAAUAGAAGUUGUAUCCCAUGGCUAAGCUUGUGUCCUUUUUUUAGAUUAUAUCGACAGAGUUAAGAUUCAAAUUAAAAUUUAUUAAUUUAUGAAAGUGAGCAUGUCAAAUUUAGUCUCGAUCCGAAAUGGAGAAGAUUAGAUAUUACUCUCUAAAAACUUUGUAAUGGAAACUUAGAUAAACAACUCAAACUUGAAGUCUGGGAUUAUUUCAGUACUGGUAGUCCUGAAUUAAUAGGUCAUACGUAAUUUACUGUCAAUGAGAUUAUAGACAUGAAACAAUAUCAAAAACAAUUACUUAAUAGGGAUAACAACUAAGCAGGUUUGAUCAUAUUUAAUGAGGUAUUAUUGUUCAUCUAAUUUAGGUUAAAAUAUAUGAGCCUCCUACAUUUAUGGAUUAUCUAAAGAGUGGAACCUAAAUUAAUUUGAUAUCUGCCAUCGAUUUCACAGGAUCAAAUGGGUCACCCAAUUCACCUUCGUCUUUACAUUAUAUAGACAACUAAACUGGAAAAUUAAAUUAAUAUCAGUAAGCUUUACUGGCUGUGGGAGAGAUUCUGCUUAAUUACUCAUACGACAAAAAGGUUCCUAUGUAUGGCUUUGGAUGUAAACCAAAUCUAAAGAAUUUUAAGUCUUCUACAACCUUACAUUGCUUUCCCUUAAACGGCAAUCCUUAAAAUCCAGAAGUUGAAGGCAUAGAAGGUAUUAUGCAAACCUAUAGUGAUGCGUUAAAGCAUGUCAAAUUUGAUGGGCCAACCUAUUUCAACCCAUUACUUCAAGAAGUAAUUAAAAUAGCAACAUUGAGCCAGGAUAUGGUUAAGGAUUCAUACUACGUUUUAUUUAUUUUGACUGAUGGUGAAAUUCAUGAUAUGAGAGUAACUAUCAUUAUAUAUCUUAUUUAGUAAACUAUAGAUUCAGUAGUAGCUUCAUCUCAUUUACCCUUAUCUAUCAUAAUUGUUGGAGUUGGAAAUGCAAAUUUCAGCAAUAUGAACAUAUUAGAUGAUGAUGAAGGAAAUUUAAAGGAUUCUAAAGGCAAUCAAUCAUUUAGAGAUCUGGUUCAAUUUGUUCCAUUCAAUUAAUUCAAGGAUAACCCAGAAUUAUUGGCUAAAAAUGUAUUGUAGGAACUGCCUGAUCAGAUUGUUGAAUAUAUGCAAUUAGUUGAUCAAAAGCCUAGUAAUAUUAUUUAACACUAAUUUAGAAUUCCAAUCAAAAUAACAAGAUAUUUCUCAUUCUGAAUUCAAGUAAACUCCAACCAUAGGCAACUUCAGCGGGUUAUAAAUUUCAGACGAAUAUAUUCAAUAAUUCAAUCAAUAAGAAAGAGUAUGGAGUUCUCAAGACAAAAACUAUAAAUAAUCAUAGGAUCCUUAUAUUAAUGAAAAAUAACAAUUUAAAUGA